CGCCUUCCAGCAACAGCAGGUAGAAUUUUGGGUGGUUCAGCUUCAAUAAAUGCCGGUCUCUACUUUCGAGGUAACAGACGUUACUACGAUAAUUGGGCUCGAAAUGGUGCUAUCGGUUGGGACUGGAAAAGCGUUUAUCCUUAUUUCUUAAGGAUGGAAGAUAAUCGAGAUGUUGGGAUUGUUGCAAACGGUUAUCACGGUGUUGGUGGUGAUUUAGUUGUUCAAUUUUCACCUUUUCACACUGCAUUAGUGAAAGCAUACAAAGAAGCAGCGAAAAGUAUUGGUUAUCCGUAUGGAGAUUAUAAUGCAGAGCAUCAAACUGAUUUUAUGCAGCCACAAGGUGUAAUUAAUCGUGGAAUAAGAUGGAGUGCUGUAAGAGGAUUUAUCGAUCCUAUAAUCGGAAGAAGGAAUUUUCGUUUGAUCACUUCAGCAUUUGUAACUAAAAUAUUAAUUGACGAAGAUAAUAGAGCUUAUGGUGUUUCAUUCGAUCACGACGACAAAAAUCUCACCGCAUUUGCAAGAAAGGAAGUGAUAAUAUGUGCAGGAACUUUGAAUUCUCCUAAAUUACUUAUGCUUUCGGGAAUUGGACCGAAAAAUAUUCUACACAAUUUACACAUACCAGUGAAAGCUGAUCUUCCUGUAGGGAAUAAUCUACAUGAUCAUGCUUCGACUACAACAAUGCAAUUUCUUGUUAACUCUGAUACGUUUUCGGAACAUCGAACUACUAAAGAAGAUUACCAGCAAAUUCUAAUUAAUGGAACCG